UGACAUUCUCGGUGGCGGCGGCGGCGGCCCUGCGCUGCGGGGAAUGGGUGUCCUAGGGCCUUGACUGAGCACCGCCCCCGCCUCCCUUCCCCCGACAUGGCUCAGGAGAAGAUGGAGCUGGACCUGGAGCUGCCUCCGGGUGCAGGCGGGAGCCCGGCGGAGGGCGGCGGCGGGGUCCUGCGGAGGUCUAACAGCGCCCCCCUGAUCCACGGCCUCAGUGACACCUCGCCGGUGUUCCAGGCCGAGGCGCCGAGCGCCAGGCGGAACAGCACGACGUUCCCGAGCCGCCACGGCCUGCUGCUGCCCGCCUCGCCCGUCCGCAUGCACAGCAGCCGCCUGCACCAGAUCAAGCAGGAGGAGGGCAUGGACCUCAUCAACCGCGAGACGGUGCACGAGCGCGAGGUGCAGACCGCAAUGCAGAUAAGCCACUCCUGGGAGGAAAGUUUCAGCCUGAGUGACAACGACGUGGAGAAGUCCGCCUCCCCGAAGCGCAUCGACUUCAUCCCGGUGUCACCGGCGCCGUCGCCCACGCGGGGCAUCGGGAAGCAGUGUUUUUCACCGUCCUUGCAAAGUUUUGUGAGUAGCAAUGGAUUGCCUCCCAGCCCUAUUCCCAGCCCGACGACCCGAUUUACGACCCGGAGGAGCCAGAGCCCCAUCAACUGCAUUAGGCCAAGUGUUCUUGGACCAUUAAAAAGAAAAUGUGAGAUGGAAACUGAGUAUCAGCCAAAGAGAUUUUUCCAGGGCAUCACCAAUAUGCUGUCGUCUGACGCCGCACAGCUGUCAGAUGCCAGCGUGUGUGUAUCUUCGGAUACGCUGGAUGGAAACAGCAGCAGUGCCGGCUCUUCCUGUAACUCGCCAGCGAAGGUCAGCACGACCACCGACUCUCCUUUGUCGCCUGCCCAAGCGGCCUCUCCAUUUAUCCCCGUAGAUGAACUUUCAUCCAAGUGAUGCACCCGCCCCGAGACUUUGUUUUUUUUUUUGCAAUGGGGAGCGGGGGAAAAAAAAAAAAUCAAGUUGGAGCAAGCACUGAACUUUGUUGAUUAAUUUGAGGCUAUUUCCUAUUUGACCCUUUUCCUUUUUUGGAAUUUCCUGAAAUGUUGUUAUUCUAGAGAACUUCUCUGUGCAGUCCCUGCAGAAGCCCUUGAAUUCAGUGUAGUAAUAUUUUCAGACGUUUUCCCAAUAAGUGUGUGGAAGCAUACAUCUUUACGCUGCUAAUAUGUCUAAAUACAUAUGUUAUCUCUUGAUUUUUUUAAAUAA